GCGGCUGUUGUAGGUGUCUCUGAUAGCAAACGCCAAGGCCUGUUGUUGCAAGGAGCUAGAGUGAGCGUGCGGCCCGAGCUAGGAAGAAGCCGGCAUGUACAGUGGUACAAAGCUUCUUCACCCGCAGUAUCCGCGGGGAGAGUUCUCUUUGACGGUUUGAACUAUGAAGAUAUUUUUGUUAAUGCCCUGAACAAUCAUGGAAAAAACAGACUAUGCAGAAGAAAGUGAUGAAACACUUGUAGACCUCAUGAAGGCUAUGAGAAAAUCUCCUUACAGAUACACAAAGGAGCAGCUUUUGGAAAUCAGAGAAUGUCCUCCUUCUAAUCAAAGACCAGAUUGUCUUUCUGAAAAAUACAACAGUGAUGGUAUUUGGGAUCCUGAGAAAUGGCAUGCUUCCUUAUAUCCCAGUUCUGAAAGGAGUUCCCCAGUGGAUGGUAUAAAGAAAGAUCUAUCAGAUGAUAGAAUACCUUUAAAACGCAGAAUAGCAGAUCCCCGUGAGCGUGUGAAGGAAGAUGAAAUUGAUGUGGUCCUAAGCCCGCAAAGAAGAAGUUUUGGUGGAGGGUGUCAAGUAAAUGUCCCUCUUGCCUCCAUUACCAGGAGGGCUGUCAGCCCAUUAGAAAACAAAGAGAAUGAAAACACGCGAGUUGGUGGGAGUCGUCGGAUUGGCAGUGGAAGGAUUAUUGCAUCCAGAGUGUUUGAGAGAGAUGUGCGCACAGAGAAGGAUGUACGAGACCGAGAGUCUCAUCCCCGUGAGAGAGAUUACAAGGAUAAGAGAUUUCGGAGAGAUUUUGGUGAUAAAAGAAUUUUUGGUGAAAGACGACGAAAUGAUUCUUACACAGAAGAGGAGCCAGAAUGGUUUUCUGGGGGACCAACCAGUCAGUCAGAAACCAUUGAACUUACUGGCUUUGAUGAUAAGAUUCUUGAAGAGGAUAAGAGAAGAUACAAGCGGUCACGCAAACGGUCAGAGCCGGCAAGAGAAGCAGUUGAAUGCAAUGGGGGAUUGAUAGAAGAAGCUGAAGUGGAAAUAUCUUCUGACACGGCUGCUGAUCAAGAGGUGCCAAAUGCUGUUGAACUUCCAAAGCCAGCUUCGGGAGACUUUGACUUCAAUGAGUUCUUCAACCUGGACAAGACAGUGCCAGGAUUGGCUUCGAUGAUUGAAGAUGUACUUGGUGAAGGUUCUAUUCCAGCAGCAUCGAGUCGUUUUAGCCAAUGGUUUUCACGAACCCAUAGUCCAUCUGCGAGCCGGUCCAGUAGUCUUCGAUCUACCCCACAUGAAGAGCUAGAGCGACUGGCAGGUCUGGAGCAUGUCCAAGAACAUGGACUCACAAAUUAUUUUGCUCCAAUACAUUCCGGAGAAGAAAAAAGGGAAAAGGUGGAUAUUCUUGAAAUGCUGCACAAAGCCAAAGUUGAUUUGAAGCCACUUCUGUCCAGCCUCACAGCUAACAAGGAAAAGCUAAAAGAAAGCACAAAUUUUGGAGUAGUCCUGUCUUUGGAGGAAGUUGAAGUUGGCCUCAAAGGGCUAAAGGUAGAGGUUGAGCAAAAGGUUGGCACGCCAUUCAUGGCUGAGCAGUUGGAGGAGGUGCUUACAGCUGCUGCAGGGUCCAGACCUGCUAAAACCAAAGAUGGAGACAUGUCUGCAUUUAAUAAACUUGUUAGCAGCAUGAAGGCCAGCGGCACACUUCCAUCCCCCCCUAAAGUAAAUCAAAAUCUCAAUAGCCAGUUGGUUCAUCCUCCAGAGCUGCCUGUACAAAACACAUCACAGAAAAAUCUGCUACAGGAAAUUUUGGGGCCACAGAUUUCUGCCCACUCGUCUUCCCCCAAUAUGCUAAGUGGCUUACUUGGGAGCACUACUGAUCCUUCAGCUCCUGUUCUUAGCCACCGCCCUUCUCCUCCUCUCUUUCCACAGAGGACACCGUCUCCAGACUACUACCCAAUCGGUUUGACCUCCAAUGCUGGAUUUGUUUCAAGUCAACAAGCACUCUUGAGUGAAAACUUCUCAAGCAUGCACCAUCCAGUGAGUCCUCAACAGGUAUCUUUGAGCAUGGACCAGGCAACACUGGAGGCCCUCUCUUUUCAGCAGGACCUGGCAAUGCAUGCAAGACAAAUAUACCAAUCUGGCUACAACAAAAUUCACCCUGAUAAGGCUAGAGAUGGGUUUAGGAAUCGGCCACAGAGGCUCAUCCGAUCUCCUGGACCUGGAGUACACCGGGCCACAGCUAGCUCUCCUGUAAAUUCAGUCACAAGUAUGUUGUCCCCAUCAUUCACACCAACCUCAGUUAUUCGGAAGAUGUAUGAGAGCAAAGAAAAGUGCAAAGAGGAGAGUACUACAGUAAAGUCAUCUCAGAGUACAGAGGAGGGAAGCAGACCUCAAGAUGAUAUUACAGAAAGCGCAGACAGAGGCAACAAGCCUUCCAGCUUCCCUCGCUCUACAUGCUCUACACCCCUGUCUAACCAGAGCCGUUUUACCAAAGAUCAGGAGUACCGUCCACGGUCAGCAGGCAGGAAGACUCCCACAAUUGUGUCUCCAGUACCCAGUGCUUCAUUUCCACGGCCAGUUUGCCCUGUACCUCUUGUACCACAUGUGUCUCUUGUGCGGCCCACACCUCCUUCACUGCACCCUGGAGUUGUACAGCGGAUGUUAACUCAGGGUAUUGCUCCCCAGCAAUUGCCACCAGCAUUAUUACAAGCAGGAAUGUUUCCUCAAAGUGUGGAUCUGUCUCAUUUACAAGGACUCCCCCCACCCCUUAUUAGUCAGCCGUUCUACUCCCUAACUGCAGCUGGACAUCCAUUAUUGAGCCCUAGGCCGGGGGCUCCGUUGCAUCUAGCAAUGAUGCAACAGCGACAUGGUCCCCCAACUCAGGUCCCCAGCAGUUUACCACAGACUCUCCAGCACAGUGCUGCAGCCAGAACUGCCCCGGCUCUUGCUCCACAGAGACACAGUCAAGGAAGUGCCUCACCAGUGGGACUUGCAAAAUGGUUUGGUUCAGAUGUCCUUCAGCAGCCACUGCCCUCUAUGCCAGCAAAGGUCAUUAGUGUGGAUGAACUGGAAUUCAGGCCAUGAAGAAUUGGAAGGAAGGGUGGGAUGAGAUUGGUAACAUUUUCUUUAUGGGUGUGAUUUACUUUUCCCUUUGGUUUAUAUGGCAUGGCUUUGUAAAAUGAUGCCAAAUAGAAAAUACUAAUUCUUUCCCAUCGUAAGCUGUUGUCUGAGCAAGGGCCUAAAAGAAAGUCUCUUUAAGGGUGGACUGUUUAUUUUUGUACUACUGUAGAAUUUAAAUGUUUUUGAGGGUUGAGGGUGGGAAAGAAGGGGUUGGGCUUUUUUGUUUUUUUCCUCCUUGUAGUAAAAUGUAUAGGCCCAUAAUGUACAGACUGUAAAGUAAUUUUUUUCAUCUUGUACAGAAACAUCUAUCAAGGUUUUGGAAAAGUGUAUAUAAAUAUGGGGAGUCUAAGAACUAAAAGUGUCUGGCAGUUGCUGCUUACAGCUUCUUGCUUAACUUUCUCAUGUUGUAAGUACAAAUACCACCUUCUUCCUCUUAUGUAUAUAGUUUUUUUUUUUGUUUUUUUUUUGUAGAUAUUUUUUUUUUUCUUCCCAUUUUGAUUGUGGCGUGUCAAAGCUGUUUACCAUGGGUUUCAAGUAAAAUGGUGGUUUUUCCA